GGUAAACACACGGGGUUGUGCGGCUUGUACCUAAAACCCUAGUAGAAAACCUCUAAGCUCAAAAACCUGUAAAACCCUAACAAGUCUAGUCCCUGUAGCGUUUGUUUUUGGGAUUUGGAAAGCAUUGAAAAGGGACAAAAAAAGGUAUAGAGUCUGAAAGCGAAGCUCGUCUCUGCCAUCAAUCAGUCAAAUGGUGUUCUCGGCUAUCUUCCGGAGAGCCGCUUCAUCAGUAGCGCCUCUUGCAGUCCGUGCCGUCGCCGGGACUCAGAGGGCACAUCAUGCUAUCCUAUUAACUUCCUUGAAGACCAGCUCUGUCUCACAGGAGCUCUGUCGAAGGACAUUUCUUCCAACCCUCUUUAAUUUCUCUUCGGUCGCUAAGAGGUCCAGUUCUGACGACAGUCUAGUUCGAGCAAUCGAAUCGGAGAUUAAAUGUGCUGAGGAAUCCGACGAUCACAAUCGGGUUGACGAGAUUCCUGGUGGGUUCCCUUUUGAAAUCCAAGACAACCCAGGACAGCAAACCGUAUCAUUAAGAAGAGAAUACCAGGGUGAAAUCAUCAAAGUUGAAGUUCACAUGCCUGAUCUUGUUACUGGUGAUGUUGGCAAUGAAAAUGACGACGACGACGAUGAUAGCGAGAGAAGUAACCAAUCUAGCAUCCCACUGGUUGUAAGUGUUUCCAAAGGAGGUAACCUCUGUUUGGAGUUUGGUUGCACUGCUUACCCGGAUGAGAUGACAAUCGACAGCUUGUCUGUUAAGGAACCAGAAGCUUCUGAAGAUCAGAUUGCCUAUGAGGGGCCAGACUUCAUGGAUUUGGAUGAGAACCUGCAAAAGGCUUUCCACAAGUAUUUGGAGAUCAGAGGGAUAAAACCCAGCACUACUAACUUCUUGCAUGAGUAUAUGAUCAACAAAGAUAGCAGAGAGUACUUCUUGUGGUUAAAGAACCUGAAGAAGUUCGUUGAGAAGUAGACAUUUACUGAGUUACUGUCAGUGAAAUUGAGGGGUCGGAUGCUUUUGUUUUGUACCUUUUCUUUUUUCUGUUUGAACUUUGAUGAUAAGAAUCACCGAUCCAGUCAUUUACUCAUAGUUAUACUCAUUGCACAAGCUCUAGUUGGGGAGUCAUAUCCCAAAAUGAUUUAGGAGAGUGGAUCUUCAAUUGUUACUCGAAUCUCUAGCACAUAGCUUAUCAAUGACACUUUAUGAGUUGAAGGAACAUGAACAAAUUUUGAAUUUAAUCAGUUUGAUUGCUGUGGAUGUGAAA